GCAGUCUAGUUGCGGGCUGCUGUGCUGUUGCUGUCGUGGCGUGGCUGGUCGCGCCAGGCGGGGAACUUCACCACACUGGAGCCCGGAGUCCCACUCUCUCACCUGCGCAGUUCGGAGCUGCCAUGGGUCUCUCGCCUGGAUUUACUGUCCUAAUUAUUCUACCGGCCUUUCUGCUGCACACCAGCGGCCUUUACAUCGCCAGUAGCGUUGACUCCCUGCAGCAUGUCCUGGGGGAGUAUGGACUGGUGAGGCCGAUCAGUGUGGACGCAGAGGGCCGCUUCCUGUCACACGCCGUCUCGGCUGGCCGCAUGGCAGGAGGGCAGUCCCGUAGGCGCCGGAGGAGGGAGGUAGGAGUAGGCAAUGAUGAGUGGGAAGGACCAAGAGGAGAGCCCGUGGCCUUUCAGGAAAGGCUUUACUACAACGUCACAAUCUUCGGCCGGGAAUUCCACCUGCGCCUGCGCCACAACUCCAGGCUGGUGGCCCCCGGAGCCAAGAUGGAGUGGCACGAUGACAGCGACAGCACCCGGCACUCUGAGCCACUACACGACGAGUGCUUGUACGUGGGGGACAUCACAGACACGCCAGGAGCCUCUGUUGCUAUCAGCAACUGUGACGGCCUGGCUGGUAUGAUCAGGAUGGAGCAAGAAGAGUUUUUUAUCGAGCCAGUGGAGGGGGGCGAUGGAGUGAUAGAAGAGGAGGAGGAGGGAGGAGGAGGAAGGACACACAUCGUCUAUCGCUCUUCAGCCGUAAAGAAAGUGCCCAUCAGCAGCACGGCAGCAGACUUCCACUCCAGAGGUGCUGAUCUCGGUGGUCUGAUGGACCUGGAGUCUUUGUACCGUGGCGUGGAGCAGAGUAUCAACCACACACGAGCAGGGCGAAUGCGCAGACAGAGCCUUGACAGGGCCUACAACAUCGAGGUGCUGCUGGGUGUCGAUGACUCGGUGGUCCAGUUUCACGGGAAGGAGAACGUCCAAAAGUACCUGCUAACACUCAUGAACAUUGUGAAUGAGAUCUACCAUGACCAGUCUUUGGGAGCAAAGAUUAAUGUGGUGCUGGUGCGGAUUAUCAUGCUGGGGCACGGCAAGUCCGUGAGUUUGAUCGAACUGGGGAACCCAUCUCAGAGUCUGGAGAACGUGUGUCGCUGGGCCUUCCUGCAGCAGAAGCAGGACACAGGGGACGCUGAGUAUCACGAUCACGCCAUCUUCCUCACACGACAGGAGUUUGGACCGACAGGCAUGCAGGGUUACGCCCCAGUGACAGGCAUGUGCCAUCCAGUGAGGAGUUGCACUUUGAAUCAUGAGGACGGUUUCUCUUCUGCCUUUGUGGUUGCACACGAGACCGGACACGUGCUCGGGAUGGAGCACGAUGGUCAGGGGAACCGCUGUGGAGACGAGGUGCACAUGGGCAGCAUCAUGGCUCCACUGGUGCAGGCUGCCUUCCAUCGCUUUCACUGGUCCAGAUGUAGCAUGCAAGAGCUGGGACGUUACCUUCAUUCCUAUGACUGUCUCCGUGACGACCCCUUUGACCACAACUGGCCAUCGCUGCCUCAGCUUCCUGGUUUGCACUACUCCAUGAACGAACAGUGUCGCUUUGAUUUUGGUGUGGGCUACACGAUGUGCACCGCGCUACAAAAGGCGGGCCAGUCAGGAACACAGUAUCGCACAUUUGACCCAUGUAAGCAGCUGUGGUGUAGCCACCCAGAGAAUCCCUUCUUCUGCAAGACCAAGAAAGGGCCGCCCAUUGAUGGCACCACGUGCGGGAAUGGGAAGCAUUGCUUUAAGGGUCACUGCAUCUGGUUGACACCUGACAUCAUAAAACAAGAUGGAAACUGGGGUUCCUGGAGUGAGUUUGGUCAGUGCUCCCGCACCUGUGAUGGAGGAAUACAGUUUCGCACACGCGACUGUGACAAUCCCAGACCAGCUAACGGAGGCCGUACCUGCGUUGGGGCGACAUACCAGUUCCAGAUGUGUAACACGAACGAGUGUGAGGACAUAUACAGUGACCCGCGAGAAGAACAAUGCCAUGCUUGGGACCCCCGCUUUGAAAUCCACAGCAACAAUAAGCACCACUGGCUGCCUUAUGAACACACAGACCCUAACAAACGCUGCCACCUGCAUUGCCAAUCCAAGGAGACCCGAGAUGUGGUCUUCAUGCAGAGAAUGGUCCUGGACGGCACACGCUGCUCAUACAAGGACCCGCACAGUGUGUGUGUGCGUGGCGAGUGUGAGAAAGUGGGCUGUGACGGUGUGGUGGGCUCCUCGAAGCAGGAGGACAAGUGUGGCGUGUGUGGAGGAGACAACUCCAGCUGCAAAACCUUCAAAGACACCAUCACACGCACUGCCAAGAAACAAGGUUUCCUCAAAGUUCUUGAAAUCCCCAGAGGAGCGAGACACCUACUCAUUCAAGAGCUGAAAGCAACCUUACACACUUUAGCUGUAAAGAAUGUGGCAUCAGGACUGUUCUUCUUGAAUGGGGAAAAUGAAUACCCAGAAUCCCACUCGGUCAUAGAAAAGGGCGUGGAAUGGGAAUAUGAGAAUGACAAUGACAAGGAGACACUUCAGACCACUGGUCCUCUCAGACAUGGAAUUCUGAUCAUGAUGAAAUUACAUGGAGAUGAGGAUGUGAAUUUGUCUUAUAAGUACAUGAUGAACAUGGACAGUGACUCUGCCAUUCAGAACAACAUGCUGGUAGAGGACAGUGCCUACGAGUGGGCGCCAAAGAAAUGGUCCUACUGCUCUAAACCCUGCGGCGGAGGGAAGCAGUACCUGCGGUACGGGUGCAGAAGAAAAGUUGACAGUAAGAUGGUUCGCAAGAGCUUCUGUAACAAAUCCAACAUGAAACCUAGAGGAGACACCAGAGACUGCAACAUGAAGCCCUGCCCUCCACCCAUCUGGGUGACAGGGGAGUGGCAGAACUGUAGCAAACCAUGUGGAAAGACUGGAAUGCAAAUCCGCUCGGUCACCUGUGUCCAGCCGUCAGAUGACAACACCACACGAGCCAUCCACAAUAAACACUGCAAUGACAACCGGCCCGAGACUCGCAGACCCUGCAACCGACACCCCUGCCCCACCCAGUGGAGGGUCGGGCCGUGGUCACAGUGCUCUGUGACAUGUGGUAAUGGGACCCAGCAGAGGCAGGCUCUGUGCCACACCAGGGACAACACCAUCGGCCUGUGUCUGGACAGUAAGCCUGACACCAUCAGAGUCUGUCGCCUGGAUCCAUGUCCCAAGGGCUCAUCGGACCUCAACAAGAACGGCAACAUCCUGAUCCAGUGGCUGUCUCGCCCCAACCCCAACUUCCCGAAGAUCUCUUCACGCCAGCGUUGUCAUGGAGACCGCUCCGUGUUUUGUCGUAUGGAAGUGCUGAAGCGCCACUGCUCUAUACUGGAGUUCCAGCGCAUAUGCUGCAAGUCCUGCAGCAAUGUGACCAUUACAGAGCCCCUACCCAACACUACCUCUACAUCCACCCCCAUCACAGCCAUCCUGCCCAGUGUUACAGCCCCUCCACCUACCAGCAGCAGCUCUGCCUUCAGCACCACCCAACCCAACAGAGCUGUCAUCACCACCAUUUCAGCUUCAACCAUCAAUCCCUGGACCACCACUCAUCCUCCUUCCACCACCACCAGUGUUCCUCAUUCUCAUCCUCCAAUGACCACCGGUGCUACUUUACUCCCCACUACCUUAUCCAUAACAACUGCCUCAAUUAUUAAAACUUCUCCCAGUGUAACUACUAACCCCCUACCUCUGCCUGCCCCUGACAUAGGCGAUGGCACAGACCCAGAGUUACAGAGCACUACAAGUAAUCCAACAACAUCUGGCAUGAUAUCUACCACACACCUUCCAAGAACAAUCAGUCCAACUAUGACAAAUCCAACAGAAAGCAGUACAAAAACAGAUACCCCAUUAAAGUCCAAGCCCAAAAAGAGUCCACCAAAGAAAAAUCCCAAAAAGGUGAUUCCACUUAAGAUCAACCCUAAAAAGAAUUAUCCACUUAAAAAUACUACAAGAAAAGAUGUUCCACUGAAGAUCAACUUUAAAAAGAAUAUUGCACCAAAAAAUACUACCAGGAAAGAUGUUCCACCAAAGGUCAACUCCAAAAAGAAUACAACAUUCAAAAAUACUACCAGAAAAGAUGUUGCACUAAAGAUCAACCCUAAAAAGAGUACUGCACCAAAAAAUACUACCAAAAAAGAUCUUCCACCAAAGAUAACCCCUAAAAAGAACACUACAUCCAAAAAUACCACCAAAAAAGAUAGUCCACCAAAGAGCAAUCCUGAAAAGACAACAAACACCUCUCCUAACUCUACCACUGUUGUUCCUCACUCCACCCCUCCUUCACUAAUUACGACACAUAUUAUCACCACUCAUCCUCCACCCUCCACAGGUGUUUCUCAUUCUACCCCACUUGCUACCCCACAUGCUACAAAGAUGGUUACCACUCAUCCUCCAGCGACCACCAUUGCUCCUGUCUUCCCCACUACCUUUUCCUUGGCAACCACCUCAAUUACUACAGCUUCUCCCAGUGUUACAACUCAUCUCCUACCUCUACCUGCCCCAAACAUAGAUGAUAACACAGACCCAGAGUUACAGAGCACGGCAAAUAGUCCAACAACAUCUGGAAUGAUAAGUAACACACACCUAACAGCAACAACCAGUCCAACUAUGACAAAUCCUACAGAGAGCAGUACACUAACAGACGCCCUACUAAAGUCCAAGUCCAAAAAGAUUCCACCAAAGAAAAACCCCAAAAAGGUGAUUCCACCAAAAAUCAAUCCUAAAAAGAAUACUGCACUUAAAAAUACUACCAGAAAAGAUGUUCCACCAAAGAUUAAACCGAUAAAGAAAACAGACGCUACUCCAAAACAAACAACCCUAGGAGACAGCAAUCCCCUAAAAAUGACACCAGAAAAAACAACUCCCAAAAAGACUACUCCACCAGGCAUUACUCCCAAAAAGACUACUCCUCUUAAGUCUCCUCUGGCAAAAACUACUCCCAAAAAGACUACUCAGGCAAAAACUACUCUCAAAAAGACUACCCCACCAAAAACUACUCCCAAAAAGACUACUCAGGCAAAAACUACUCUCAAAAAGACUACCCCACCAAAAACUACUCCCAAAAAGACUACUCAGGCAAAAACUACUCUCAAAAAGACUACCCUGGCAAAAACUACUCCCAAAAAGAUGACUCUGGCAAAGACUAUGCCCAAAGAUACUCCUCUAUUGAAGACUACUCCAGAGAAAAAACCCAAACCCACACUCAAAAAAGAGUCUCCGCCAAAGGCCAAGAGCAUUCAAGCAAAGACAAAAGUUACAAAGAAAACACAAAUGAAAGAUCAAAAGAUCCCAAAACUAGGUCCCAAAAAUGUCACACACUCUCAGGCCAAGGUCAAUCAGAAUAAGGCAAAGACUAAUCCAAAAAAGAAAACACUAACAACAAUUAAUUCCUAUUAUACCACAGCUCCCAUUCCAUAUACAAGUCCAGAACAACCGAGAGAGUACUUUUCUUCCACUAUCUCCUCCAGUACUAGUGUAUAUGCAACAACUGUAGACGUGCAUUUCCCCGAGUCUAGGAUUAAUGUCACAUACAUCAAUAACAACACAGCAACUACAGAUGAAACUCCACUGUGGUAUCAUGACACUUCAGCCACAAAACCCCACACUUUUGGUGAUGUCGUAACGCCAGCUGGAACUGCUCACUUUGAAGAAGUCAACAUGCCUAGUGGGACCGUGCCAUAUGGUGACGUCACAAUUACCAGCAGUGGUGAUAUCACAGUAACAAGUGGGACCAUUCCCAGUGGUGAUGACAUCACGGUGUCUUACAGCAAUGGGGCAGUGGUCAGUGACACUAUGGUGUUAGACGAAGGCCUCAAUAUGGUGAUCCCAACCAUUGACAGUGAGGAUAUGAUGGACCUUGCUUCCUCGCCCUGGCAAGACUUAUCUGAGUACAUCCCUGUGAGCUUCCCUGUUCCCACAACAACCUCAGACCUUGCCACAGUCUCUCCUCCCACCACAAUAACUCUGACAACAGAAAAAACAGCCAUCACCACCAUCACCCCACCUCAGCAAAGACCAGAGGAGAACGGUGAGGACAACUCGAUUGACAUAAUAUAUAACAGGAUCAUCGGCGUAGAUAACGACAUCUCCCAGAACAAUCUUAUCCCAAAGCGUCGGGUCAACCUUCGAGAGAGGACCAAGAACAAACGCAUUCAGGAGCUUCUGGAGGAAAAAAGGAACUUUCUCCUCAGGAUGAAGAGAGGCCAUGCAGCAUGAUAGACCGAGCCUUUUCAUUUCUCUUAUAGAGAUGUGCAGUUUAAACCAUUUUGAAUUGCCAUGAUGAUUUCCAUCAGGCCUUUGUGCACAAAAAAAAACACUUUCUGUCAUAUCACUCCCAUGACGGUCAGGACUGCAGACAGAGAAUAUUGUGGCCAAAUGUUUGAACAGUUGCUUCGAACAAAGAAAAGCCCUUCAGAGUACAGACUGUUGCAGAUUUGAAGCAAAUCGCAUCACCUGUGUAAAUACAAUAAUGAGAAACAGAAGGGAUGAAAAGUGUACAUCCAGUUUGCCAGUUUGACCAGCACUUUACAAAUCCAAGCUUUUAUCCCCCCAAACCACUCACAGUCUUGUUUUCUGGAUCUACAACGCUGAUGUAGAUAAGGUGUAAUGUUGUUUGUAGAAUGGUAUUAUCCCUAUUGGCACUUGUUGAGCAACAAAAUCUACCACCUAGAAUCCAAAUCUCCAUCUCUAUAUUAUACUACAGCCAAGGACUGCAGCUCAUUUCCCCACAAACACAUAAUAUAACUCCUGUAGGACCAGAUGAACAUGUUUAACACUCUAAAUACCAUAUACACACUGCAAAUUGGAGCUUUUGGAAACCUGAAAGCAAUAUGGUAAUCUGAUAUGAUCAGCAAGUCAAAGUUUCCCUUUUGGUUUAAUUGAAUUGUAUAAAGUUUACACUGCCUGGAUUGUGUUUUAUUUUCCGAAGCUAACGUCUGUCUGACUGCAAAGGGUCUCUCAUCUCUCAGGAAGUUAAAUAACAGUAUAUUGAGGGACAUUGCCAAACAUGUGGUGCUUCCUGAAUUUUGAUGAUAUAUUUUGAUAUCUCAUUAAGCUAGGUGGAAAAAACAAAAUAAUGAAGAGAAAAAAACUAUUGUGAUUGCAUUUUUUGUUUUUCUUUUAUAACGGUCAGUCAAGUAUGGUGCUUUUUUUUUGUCAGUAUUGCUGAAAGCGUUGUCCCUUGUGCAUUCAUUUAUGUACAAAAAAAUACAAAAUUGUAAUCAUAGAUAAACAAGCCUGUUUGUAUUAACUGUAUCCAAAUAGAAGCUUUGAGGGCCAGUUUGUUUUCUUUUCUAAAAAUGUUAUUAUUGGUACAUCUCUAACUUGCAGCAGCUGCAAAAGCAUCUACGGAUCUUUCUGUACGAUAUCUGUACAUAUGAAAAAGAACUUAAUGUUAAAUAUUUAUUAAAGUUUAAGUG